AAGCCGGGCCGCGUCUUCCUGGCUCUCCUGGCGCCGGCACCGAGCAGGGCGUGGACCUGAACUUAUGUGACCCCACCCGGUCACAACCCGGGGUGAAGCUAAAGAAGGGAGCCGUCCGCCCACCCGAGGGGCGGUCCCAACACCCCAGUGGGGGACUGCUGCGCUCGGCCUCUGUGUUCGAUCGGGAACCCAGGUCUCUUCCCUGCCAAUAACAAAACCGCCGCGUCCCGGGCCUCCCUUCCGGAGCCGGAGUCGGCGGCCAAGCGCUGGUGGCGGAGCCUGGACAGUUAAUUCCAACCGCCUCCGGGUGAUUCCGGGGACAGGAGCGCCGGGAGCGCCGAGAGCUCCUCCCAUUGGCCGCGGAGCCGGCUCGGCGCUGAUUGGCUGAGGGCCUCGGUUGUGGCUCUCGAAGGCUCCCCAUUGGCCCCGCGCUCCAGUGGCAGGAGCUUGGCGGCCUGGCCUCCGCAGGCUACCCGGGGUUGAAGCUGCUGCGAGCUCCGGUGGCUACCUGGGGACGCUCAGGGACGCUCAUUCCUGGCCAGAGUCCUGACUUCUUUCUCGGAUCCAGAUCUCGUUGCUGGCUCGAGGAAAUCACCGGCUCUUCUCCCGGAUCCUUUUCUUCUCUCACUUGCUGGCUUUCUUCUUCCUGCCUCCCUGGCUUCCAUCUCCCAACCCCGCAAUUCCCUCCUCUACUGCCGUGCUCCCGUCGCCCGCCAUCCUGAGCCAUCCCACCUGCAACCUUCUGUCUUUUGCCCCUCCUUGACCUCAGAGAGUCCUGCCAUAAGCUUCUCACCAGAAUCUCCUAGAUUUCUGUCUCUUCCCUGCUUGCCAGCUCUUGACUCCCAAAUUCCAGCUGACGUUUGACCACUUGACGUUUGACCCUGACACCCUUGACUGCAAAUCUAAAUUCUUACCUUCUGCAACCUGUACUGCUGAAACAGGCCUUCCCCCUGUCUUCCAACCCCGCUUUCUGACACCCAUUUUUACGUUCUUACUCUUGGGUCAGUUCCUGCUACAGCUAUCCCACCAUGGACUUCUUGAUGAGUGGCCUGGCAGCCUGCGGGGCCUGUGUAUUCACCAAUCCCCUGGAGGUGGUGAAGACCAGGAUGCAGUUGCAAGGAGAACUGCAGGCCCCUGGCACAUACCAGCGGCACUACCGAAAUGUCUUCCAUGCCUUCAUCACCAUCGGCAAGGUGGAUGGCCUUGCUGCCCUGCAGAAAGGCCUGGCCCCCGCCCUCUUAUACCAGUUCCUGAUGAAUGGCAUCCGACUGGGCACCUAUGGGCUGGCUGAGGCUGGGGGCUACCUGCACACAGCCGAAGGCACCCACAGUCCUUCCCGCAGCGCAGCAGCUGGGGCCAUGGCUGGGGUCAUGGGAGCCUACUUGGGGAGCCCCAUCUACAUGGGCACGUUUCAGGCGCUAACUGAGAUUGGCCAGAAACAUGGUCUGGUGGGAUUAUGGCGUGGGGCUCUGGGCGGCCUGCCCCGAGUUAUCGUCGGUUCCUCCACCCAGCUGUGCACCUUCUCAUCCACCAAGGACCUCCUGAGCCAGUGGGAGAUCUUUCCUCCCCAGAGCUGGAAGUUGGCGCUGGUGGCUGCCAUGAUGAGUGGCAUUGCAGUUGUCUUGGCCAUGGCACCCUUUGAUGUGGCCUGCACAAGGCUCUACAACCAGCCCACAGAUGCACAGGGCAAGGGCCUCAUGUACCGGGGGAUACUGGACGCUCUGCUGCAGACAGCUCGGACCGAGGGCAUUUUUGGCAUGUACAAGGGUAUAGGUGCCUCCUACUUCCGCCUCGGCCCCCACACAGUCCUCUCCCUCUUCUUCUGGGACCAGCUGCGCUCCCUCUACUACACAGACACUAAAUAACAGCCGCUCUCCCAGUCUCCACCAAAUGAGCACUUGUUGGCCACUUGUGCCUCCACCACUAUGUCCUGGUGACUACUGAUUAGGUGACCUUUCAUCCAUCCAUGGGGGACAGCCAACCCCACUCCCCAUCUGUUCUCAGGGUUGAAUCACUACAAGAGAUGAGUUUCCCUUCUUUCCUUGGGUGUUGCUUUAAACCUUCCCUACCCAUUCCCUGGGUAACUCACACCCCUCUCUCAGGGCUGAACGAGUCAUCCCAAAGUGUAUUUCCUCCCUCUCACCACUGCCACUCUUGAGUCCCUCCUGCUCCCAUGCACAGUUUUAAACUCCUCCCUCCAGAACCAAAGGGAAUUGAGAGACCCAAUUCCCAGGCGUCUGGGACCCAGGCGUCCUGUUAGAUUCAAAGGCACAGAGAUUAUAUUGAUUAUAAAGCAAGUUUAUUCUGAAGAGGGAUUGUCUUAUGUUUAUGCACAGGGAAGAAAUAAGAGGAAACCCUCUUUUCAACCUCUUUUCCCCCUCACAGAACCGAGUCCCCAAGUUCUCAGCAACAUCAUGCAGUGCUUCAGCGCCUUUACUGGGGACCAAAGAUGUUGGGAUCAUGAAGGGUCAGACUGGUCACCAGCUGUUCAAAGUCACCCAGGCUCCAGGGUGCAGGUGACAGAUUUUCAGGGCCAAGAGAUGACCUGUUGUCAGGGCUUGGGGUGGGGGAACAGAUGGAGACAGAACAUCAUCCAGGCCUGAGGUUUGGAAAUUGCCAAUUCCUGUUCCCCAGAGGACCUGGGUAUCAGUUACCCCAAACCUCUGGCCCACUCCCGCUUCCUUGGAGGAUCCCACCAGUGAGUCUCCCUGUUCUGUCCCUCCCAGCCCGAUUCUCCUGGGAACCCAGUCAUGAGAUACCCGCCCGUUCCUUCCUCCUUACGGGGGCUGAUUGAAGGUGAGCAAGAGAUCAGUCUGGUACUGGGGCAGCCUCAGCAAGGCCUGAUGAAGUGUCACGUCCUUUGCUACCUAAGGGGAUCAGAGUCAGGAUGCUUACCUGGAUCUCUGCGUCCCCGCUACCGCCCUUCCAGGACAUUACACACUCUCGGGCCCUCACCUGCUGGUUUUCCUUAGCUAUCUGCUGCUUGCCAGAGAGGACCCAGGCUUCUUGACAGCAGCCCCUCAGGGCCAGGUUCUCCAAACUGAGAGGCUGAACAGACUCCACAUGGACAGCCCUAGCCCCCUGCACGCCACCAACAUCCUCAAAAUGGUACCUGGAGUAGGGAAGCGGGGUCAGGAAGGGACAUCUCUGGUCGUCUCCCCGGGAGCAUCUUUAAGUUGCAGGCCUGGCUCCCGGCCCGUGCGUGGUCUCACCGCCCGGAUUAACCGUCGGCCGCGGGCCCCGCCCACUGGUCCGACCCCGCCCCUGCCAUUGGCCAGCCGGGGGCCAUUCCCUCACCGCGCAGCCGCUUCGCCCCGCACGUGGGCCUGCAGCUCGAGAAGUUCCACUAUCAGGCUCUGGUCCGUCACGGGAUGGCAGAAAACUUCUUGAUUGUCCGGGACCGGUCGGAGGUCGCUGGAGUGAGGCGAGGCAGACCCUGGUUGACCCCGGUCUCUUCCCACAACCCACCCAGUCAGCCGCCCCUGGGCGUCCCGGCCUUCUCACCUUACGUCAAUGGCCCCCAUGGGGAGGAUGGCGGAAAAGGCGCCCCCGAACAGCGGGCAGUCUGUCGUGGGCUCCAUGGGUCUGAGGCUGGGUUAUGGGCAUUAGAAAGGUUUAAAAGAAGCCCACAUUGGGUCACGUGGCAUCGGCUCCCUGGGUUUCGCAGCUGCCACCGCCACCCGGGUCUGGCUUAGCUCCCGGAUCCUUUAAGAUUUGGCUCCGCCCUGCGCUCUCGCUGGCCAAUCGGCGCCAAGACCCUGGGGGCGGGGGUCAGCGGCUUUGCUCCGGAAGCCGCUCUCUUAGGAGGGCGCCUGGCGGGACGGUGGGGUCUGCCUUGGGGUUGGACUUAGGGUUAGGGUCUGUGUCGCCCCCGGUGGUCACGAGCAUGCUCCCGCCAGCCUCCUCUUGAUUGAUUGAUUGAUUGAUUGAUUGACAGGUCUCGCUGUGUCGCCCAGGCUGUAAUGCAGUGGCGCGAUCACGGCUCACUGCAGUCUCCACCUCCAGGACUCAAGUGAUACUCCUGCCUCAGCCUCUUGAGUGGCUCCUGCUCCCGCCACCACGCCCAGCUAAAUUUUUAAUUACUUGUAGAAAUGGGGCGGGGUGGGGAGUGUCUCCCCAUCUUGCCCAGGCUGGCCUCAAAUUCCUGGACUCAAGCGAUCCUCCCGCCUCGGCUCCCUAAGUGCUGGAAUUACAGGCGAGAGCCACAGCGCCUGGCCUCCUCGUCCUUUUCAAGUGGUCACACCUUCCAAGAAAGUCGCCUGAGACCCUCCUGAGGGGCAGGUGCUCGUCAAAGGGGCCCACGUCUAGGUAGGGUCUCUUGAGUCAGGAAAGUAUAGUUUCACGGUGUUCUGGGCCUCUGAACGACGAAUGGGCUGCCACCCAGACCGCUAAUUCAUAGAUCUGCUGCUGGGAAUUAGGGGAACAAUGCGUCCAGGUUAGGAUUCAGGUCUCACACCUUCCUGAAAGUGAGAGCCAUCCUGGGUAUUAGAAAUCUAAUUCCUCUCAACUAUUUGCCUUGGGAAUGCUCCCAGGCAGGUGCAACCCCACCCCCAGCUCCGCACACCUGGACAGAAGCACAGAUUAAACCCUCUUUUGUUUGUCUUUUA